AGAGGACUAAGUGGUUUGCUCCACUUAGGAAGCGCUGGUCCUCCGGGCUGAGAGACAGUGUCUGGACAGGCGGCGAGCCGGAAGGCUUGAAUCAUCAUGCAUCACGUAAAGGUCAAGACCGAAAAGCCAGAUGUAGAGGGGAGUGGUGCUCGCGGCAGACUGGAUGCAGUUCUACAGGGACUGGUAGAGAAGAGUGACAGUGAAAAGGAGCAAAAUGAAGAUGAUUCCGGAAAGAUAGCGUCAGACUCAUUAAACAAGGAUUUGUCUCCAUCCUCUGCUGGAAAGCGGCAGGCAUCCAAGUUCCCCCAACACAGAAGGAAGAAACGGAAGGAGAUGGAUGAUGGUUUAUCAGAGACUAACCAACACAAGCAAAAUGCGUACAUUAUCAAGCUGUUCGAUCGCAGCGUGGACUUGGCCCAGUUCAGCACCAGUAGCCCCCUAUAUCCUAUAUGCCGUGCCUGGAUGAGAAACAACCCUGCUGUGAGAGAGAGAGCUGCUUCUCCCAGCCCCCCCCACAGCAUGGGAGAGGACGAGGUUACAGACAUGCUGAAUGGUAAGGGUCAGAAUGUUUACCGCCUCCCUCCUCCUACCUCCUGUCCAAUCAGCCCCUCCGGAGACCCUGUGAAUCUGCGGAUUCCGCCCACAGAAAAGCCCACCACCACCACCACCAAGCCAAUAGAUGCAGCCCCUGUGUCUGGUCCUCUUAUAUAUAACCACAUGGAGCGCUGGAAAAAAAUCAGGCAAAAAUGGAAAGAAUCCUCCAAUAAAAACCAGUUGAGAUACAGUGAAAGCAUCCGGAUCCUUAAGGAGAUGAAGGAGAUGUAUGACCGUUGAGGGCAUCUUGAACCAGCCUACCGACGAAGCCCAUUAGAGAGCUGGAAAAGGAGACGGGGUGGAGCCAUGGAAUGAUAAUCUAUCCUAUCAUCCUUGGGCACAAUAAAGUUACUGUGUAAACGACACAUGCUGAACUUGAGAUUUCGCAACAAUGCCAGAGCUGUAUAUGGAGCCCUUGUUCUUACUGUGUCGCCUCAAGAAAGGAUCCAAAGACAUUCACUCACUUUUAGUUCUCUGCAAUACAUGCGUAUUCAAACAAGGGAAGAUGUAUUUUAGAUAAAUCUAAUUGGCCAAUUGUUUUCUAGCUGUAUCUGGUAUGAUGAAUCCAGUAUAUGAUGGUAUUUUGGUGCAUUGCAGUGUUGUGGUGCAUUGUUAUUUUUUAUAACUAAAUGCAGUUUCUUUGCGACAAAUGUAGAACAUGAAUGUAAAAAUUAUUUUCUCACUCUUGACUAUGACAAGGAUUACCUAAAUAUGUAAAUGAUACAUUUAUAUAUGUGAAUAUUUAAAUUGUUCUAAUUUGAUUAAUCAUACAUGUAAUCAAUUUCUAUGAAUUUACUAUUGUAAUUUGGAUUUAAUGGGAUUAAACUCAAUCUUAUCAAAGUGAUAACUUGGCCAAAUUUU